GCGCACGAGAUUCCAUCUGUUUGCUUGUCUAAAUGAUUUAUUAUUUUUUUUUUGGAUUGAUUGUUGUUUGAUCCCCGUAACUUCUCAUUAAUAAUCACCUUACAAUCCCAUCGAUGUUUCCUCAAAUUUUAGUAUCAUGCGAUGCGCAGGACAAACAGUUCGAUCCAAUCGAAGGGGGGUGCAUGAUCACUCUACCGUCAGGCAGGGUUGCUUGGAAGAGGGGCAGACCGGAGAGGAAGGAGUACGUUCACGUAAGCUACACAAGCAGACUUAUGGAGGCCGUCCCGUUCAAAAGAUUGGUAAUCAAUGACCUCAAGACAGUCAUAGGGGAGAAGAUUGUGGAUUGGCUAGAUGAUGUGGUGAUCGGAUGGCGUUACUGUGACCCAAUCGGAGCCAAGCUCUGCAAGUCAGGGCAAGUCUUCAAGAAAUUCAAAUUUGUGAAAUGGGAGGCAAGCUACCUACCGGAGUGCUGCCAAUGCGGUGUAGGAAGGCAUGCAGAAUUUCUCAACCCUGCCGCAAUCAGACUCCUACCGGCAGACGGUUGUCUACACGUUAUCACCUCAGACAUGGGCAUCACCAACAAUGGGCAACUACAGCUGAUGCUCAACGCAGGCCUCAAUCAUAUACCAAUGAAGGCACUGAACGGGAGUUUUGCGCUAGAGGAGGUGGAGCAAGUUGUGGACUGCAUCCUGGCGACCAACAGAUGCGAUAUGGAGCUGUCUAUGGAAGAAGAGAGGAAAGUCAAGAAGGUAGUAAUGAAAAGCGCAGAGAAGGGCUUGAAGGAGUACCGAACCAGUCAUAGGCACAUCACGGAGGAACCUUUCAACAACAUCGCUGUAAGGAGCGAAGUCGAAUGGCUAACGAAGAGAUUUCUGGUCUGCCCUACUGACAAAGCUCCGCAUACACCUACCUUUGUACGCGUGAACUUUAUCAGAAGGCUGGCGCUUGCACGCGUCUCAAGACCAGACUUCGUGCAGCUUCUUGAGCAACCAUCGACUGUUGCAGCCCAACUGAAGGAAGUAGCUACUGCGAUUGCGCCCAUCGGAGUGACGAUCGAGAAGAUGCCACUGCCACAUCUCAUGGUGGUGUACAAGGGGCAUAAGGAAUCAUUCAAGUGGAUCACCAACACAGCCGGCACUAUGCUCUCAGAAGUUGCGAAUGUCUGCGCGUGCCUACGGAAAUUCAUGUCCCACGACGUACAAGCCUUGUGUGCCAGUAAAAGCGACGCAAUCUUUAAUGAACAUGGCGUGGGGCCGAACUACUGGUGGCCCAUCGCGUCUGUAGGAGAGUUCAUGGCCAACCUCCCACGUCACGUAUACUCAGUUUUCACUGGGGAUAUAACCAGGUGCUUCGAGACCAUACCGACAGACAACUCUCAGGAUGGGCUUAUCUCCGCAAUCAAGUUCUUUGUCCAAAGUGCCAUGGAGUGGAGGAGGGCCAGAACCACCAGGGACGCCAUCGCCAUCAUGAUUGCAGCCAACGACUCACUACACUUGUACUGGGUGGACAGCAUGCAGAACAGGGAUCAUGAGCAACUCUAUUUUGACGAAGAAGGGAUUGUGAAGGCUUGCGAAUGACUUGUGUCCACUGGAGUGGUACAACUGGGAGAUAGAGUUUGGCGACAAGUGUUGGGUAUUCCGAUGGGUUUGGCAUGUUCCCCCAUCCUGUGUGAUAUCUAUUUUUUCAAAUAUGAAUUUGAACUGAUUUCUCACUUGGCUAAUGAACAGGAUUGGCGGGCCCUAAAAUGUUUCGAAGAAACAAACAGGUAUAUUGAUG